AAAUGGUUUCCAUUGAAUGCACAGAAUGCAUGAACGUUUCGCGCGAUAUAACGAGAAAGCAAAGUUUGCGCGCACGCAAUAUAGAUUUUGUUUGCUUCUUAUCAGAGUUGUAUGUUUGUUUUUAUGAUACUCUAAAGAAACUUGAAAAAUUCAUAGCAUCAGAAAUCGUCCUCUUGAGUUGAUCGAAAGAGAAUGGUUAAAAUCUAGCGUCAAAUGAAAAGGUUCAUAUUUUACGUCGAGAUUUGUUGAACAUUGUAAAAUCACCUUUACAAUUCUCUCAAAAGCCAGAAAAAGUCUUGCAAUCUUCUGCAUGUGUACUUGAAACUCUCAUCGUCAAUUUAACGUGCUUUUAAGGAGGAUGAGUACAUCUGACACGGAAAUUUGCGGAUUUCUCGACGUUAAGUCGACGGGAAGCAGAUAUGUUGCACAGAAGGUGAGAAAAAAGGGCUUAGCCCUGUCAAGAGUAUGGAAACGGUCAUGGUGCUCGGUGAGAAAACUGGAACCUGGCCUCGGUGUACAGGUGCAAUUUGAUCAGAAGUUUAGCUGUCGUGGCAGUGCUCUGAAACAGAAAGAGAAGGACAAAUCUGUGGUGAUACCUACAAAUGCCAUCAUUUAUCGUAUUCACUCUAGAACAAAGCAAUUCGCAUUUAGUAUAUCACCAGAGGAUAAGAAGCCUAUAUUGUCGCUGUCUGCCAAUUCGGAGACUGAGUCCCAGCGUUGGAUGGCGAAUAUCAGGCACUUGUUAAAGCCUAGGAAACACUGUUCUAUGGAAAGAUCAUACGAAGUAUCCAUAGUCGAUAAUGCGCAUUCGAAAGUGGCAGGUCUUACUGGUUUAUAUGGAGAUCUGAUAGUCAAUGAGAUGGAAAUUUUCUUUAGAGACAUUCACACGGGUGUGGUAAUCAAAACUUUUGAGUGGAAAGAAUUCACUCAGUUUCACUUAAUGACAGUGGGCCGUCCAGAAGAUGUAAAACGUAUUUGUGUAAUACACACCAGCAAGGAAUUUUGCUGUGGUGUAGGAGAACUCCACAUAUUCUGUCUUAAUGCUAAUAAAUUGCUGCAAGACUUGGUAACUCAGGGUCGUGGUCCAAAAUGUCGACAAAGAUUUUUACAUUCCACCCAUGAGAACCUUGAGACGGGAUACAGAGAUGGAAUCAAUCUUUCUUUACAACCAAAAAAUGAUGCAUCGCUUUGUACCCCUGAUACAGAUGUUAAUUGGGAAUCCAAUACCUCCAUUUCUUCUGGAAUUUAUGAGGAAAUUGUAGACAAUAUUUGUUCCCUUAAACCAACGUCAUUUACUUCUAGUGAGUGUAAGGAUAUAAAUAAAACUCCACACAAUUUGCAAAUGAAACCUCCAGCACUACCACCACGAAAGAAACAGAAGACAGAACACAUAGAGAAAAAUAGGAUGGAUACAAACCAAUAUUCCCAACCAGAAAUGUCCAAACAUUUUGAAGCAAAGCUACAAAAUAUAACAUAUACGCAAGAGACUGUUUUCACAGAUCAUUCCAGUUAUGUUCCAAUGUCACCACAAUUGAGAGACUCGCAUGUACUCGAGUCCAAUAUUUUGGAAAAUUCAAAAGAAAACGACUAUGUAAUUAUGCGAUAACAUUAUAUGACAUAUAUAAUUGAGAUGAUAUCUAUAUAUAUAUAUAUAUAUAUAUAUAUAUAAAGAAGCGAGAAAAAACUUAAUAAAUAAUAACCAUUGUAAAUAGAAUAUAUAGAAUGCGAUAAUAAAUGUUCGCUCAUGGGCAGUCUUUUGUCGUCGAAUUACACAGACGUAUGCUGAUACGCAGAUUUUUAUAAUUUCUUAUUAAAUUUGCGAAAAUUGUGAAAUGAUAGGACUUUUCGACUCAUUUUAAUCCACUGCCCAUGAACGAAGUAACAUUUACCAAACAGCUUAUAUGCAAAGCCGUCCAAAAAAAAAAAAAAAAAACA